GGUGACCUGCCUGCCAUGGUGAACCUGGGCCUGUCCCGGGUGGACGACGCCGUGGCCGCCAAGCACCCGGGGCUGGGGGAGUACGCCGCGUGCCAGUCGAAGGCCUUCGUGAAGGGCAUUUUCAGCUUUGUCGCAGGCACCGGCGCCGCCUUCGGCCUGCAGAUGUUCAUCCGGAGGAAGUUCCCGUACCCCUUCCAGUGGCACGUACUCGUGGCCGUGGUUACAGGCUCGGUGGCCAGCUACUGGGUGACCCGAGUGGAGUCGCACAGAUGCAGCAACCUCUGGCUCUUCCUGGAGACGGGGCAGCUCCCCGAAGACAGGGGCGCAGAUCGGCACAGCUAGGAGAGCUCCAGCUGGGGCGCAGAAGACUUGGGGCCGAAGACUUCUAGAACAUAGCCCUCAGGGCCUCGUCACCUCAGGCUUGCCCUGCCCCCUUACACAGGCCCUCCUCACACCCUAAGGUGACCCAGCGGUGUCCCCUGCGGACAUUCAUGGGAGGUCUGCCAACCCUGUGCAAACCUUUGCUACUGCCCAGGUCACACCAGAGGGGCUGUCCCUGCAGUGGUUGGCCUCCCAGAGGGCAGUGAGAAACAUGGUGGACGCUGAGAGCUGGAGAGCAUCAGAGAGGCCCUGGGCACUUGGUGGAAGGGACUUCUGCAGGCCCUGGUGCUCUGACACUCCCUGUCCGGCCCUGGCGUCCCCCACAGUCCGAGGGGACAGCUGCUGCGGGGGCUUGCUGCACAAAUAAAUGCUUUGCCUUUUCCCA